AUGAGUUCCUAUCAACAGAAGCAGCCCUUCACUCCCCCACCUCAGCAUCAUGAGCAGCAGGUGAAACAGCCCUGCCUGCCUCCACAGGAAACAUUUGUUCCCGGAACCAAAGAACCAUGCCACCCCCAUGUUCCACAACCUGGCAACACUAAGUUUCCAGAGCCAAGUUACCCGGGAUAUCCUGAGCCAGGUCAUCCCACAUGCCCUGACCACGAUCACUCCAAGCUUCUUUUACUUCAGGUCUUCUUCUCUGAUUUGUCAGAUGUCUCCCACUCAGCUCACAAUUUAGAAAGUAAGAUAUGGAUUCUGCAUGAGGAAACUGAGAUGAGUUCCCAACAGCAAAAGCAGCCCUGCAUCCCACCUCCCCAGCUUCAGCAGCAGCAAGUGAAACAGCCUUGCCAGCCUCCACCUCAAGAACCAUGUGUUCCCCAAACCAAGGAACCCUGCCACCCCAAGGUGCCUGAACCCUGCCACCCCAAGGUGCCUGAGCCCUGCCACCCCAAGGUGCCUGAACCAUGCCACCCCAAAGUACCUGAGCCAUGUCCCUCAACGGUCACUCCAGCACCAGCCCAGCAAAAGACCAAGCAGAAGUAA